UUUGAACAAUAUAUAUACUUGUAUAAGUUAUUUUGGCUUUUGUUUUUUCUGUUUUUAAGAAAAUAAAUAUAGCCAUGUGAGGUAUUGUCAUUCUUUUCCAUGUCUAUUUUUCAAAUGUUUAAUUUUUACAAUUUUGCUUAUUGAUGAUUACAGAUAUUUACUUUUGAAUUUAUACAUUAACAAACGUAAUACUUGGCAACUAAUUUGAAAUGUAAAAUGUAGUAAUAUCUAAUUAAUAAUUACUACAAAUGUAACUUGACUAGUCUGGACUCAUUUAAAGAACCUCAAUUAUCACCACCAACUAAAUUUCUACCAUAAGUUAAAGUAGUUCGUAACCUACAAGAGCGAGUCAAAAGCAUAAAGGCAUUUGGUAAAGAAUGAGUAUUAAGAAAGAUCAAAAGUAAAAGCAAAAAAAUAAAAAAAAGCUCAUCAUCAUGCAUCAUAUGUACACCCCACAAUUCCAUAACCUCUUCACUCCACUAUACUUACUUUUGUUUACUCUCAUUUCCUUACCGUUAUAUAUUCUCCUGCCCAAAAAACUCAACUAUCAAAAUAACCAGCUUAGAGUAAUUAGUAGUAGUAGAUAUGGGAGGAAAAAAGAAGAAGAGGCAAGAAACUACGUCAGCGGCGUUGUCGUCAUCGUCGUCAUUAAGGUCUUCCUCGUAUCGUCGAGACUCUGGUUCUCCGGCGACAUCAACCACCAAUGUUGGGUGUAUGUCCGGGAUUUUUCAUCUCAUGUCUAAGUACCAUACUCGCCGUAAAUUCCUCACUUUUGGUAAAAAACAAGAACGUAAUGCCGUUGUCCAAGCUUCCACAUCACCACCACCAACAAAAUCCGAAGACACCGUCAAAUGCCAACAACAUGAACAAGGCUCGUCGGCUGGAAGACUUUCGCUUGAUCAGACGCCAAGAAGCCCAGCGAUUCCGGCGGAGAUCCGACGAUCAUCGACAGACAGCUCGGUGAGCUCGCCUAGGGUGGUGGCACGUUUAAUGGGACUUGAAGAUUUUCCGGCGAGAUCUCCGGCGCCGGCGACUGUGGUGUCUCCGGCAGCGGAGAAGAGGAGGAAGCUUCUGGGGGCGUUGGAGAAAUGUGAUGAGGACUUGCAGGCGUUGAAGAAGAUUAUAGAGGCGGUGCGCGCCACCCAAACGCCACCGCGAGUGGCGGAGAUGAAGAGACGAGAGGAGGUGGAGGAUGUGGACAGUGAGGUGGGGAGUGAUGGGCCGAGUCCGGUAUCGGUGUUGGAUCAUCGUCACUUGUCCUCCGGUUAUUACCAAAGAACCACUAAUGAGCAAAUUAUGCAACAACAAAAGCCAAAGCAGCAAAAACCGCAACAAAUGACUAGGAAAAAGCCAGGAGAUCAUGAAGACAAAGCCAUCAAUAUCCUUAACAAAACAUCAUUACCUUCCAUUACACCACAACUACCCUUACAUCUUCCUGCUAGAACAACUCAUCAUCAGCAGGUGCUCAACACCGCGGCCCCCACGACAGCAGCAGCCGGAGAGCCAUGGAGUACGGCGAUGAAAGAGAGCGUGUACGAGGUUUGUAGGGAUAUCGAACGAGGACUAAUACAAGAGGUUGGAAGAAUUGAAUUGAUUUUACAAGAUAUAAUUUUUAGAGAAUUGAUUGAUGAAAUUAUUAAAGAAUUUGGUUCUUCUUUACAUAAAAGAAGUACUUCCAAUUUCAAGUUAACUUUCGAAGCAUGCAAGAGACAAUUAAGUUUCUAGAGGGUUGUAAUGCAUCAUCGUGUAAUAUUAAUUAAACUUGUACGUGUAUUAAA